UACGUCAAAGAGAGAAACUUGUUCGAUCGCUACAUGAAUUAGUUGGUUUUUAACUUUUUACAAGACUUUCCUACAGCUGUUUUUCAACGUUUGAUAUUUAUUACUUUUGGUGCACAGUCAUUUGCGAAAUAGUUGUGCAGUGAAACGUAUAGUGUCGCAAAGCUGUCGUGCACUUGCAGCAUCCAGCGUUAAUGAACGAUUUUAUCUUGGAUCUAUAAUGGCUAAUAAUUAUCUGCGGGACCCAAAGACCCCGUUCUUCUCUUUGGAGGAUGAUGUGGAUGACGAAACCUUUCUAAGAAGUGCACCACCAAGGUAUCCAACAUCAUCCAACUAUGGAGUCGGCAAUCAUUAUCAAAACUACAAUGAUGAAUUGCAGAGGAAACAGCAGGAACUCAUUGAAAGGCGGAAAAUGAUUGAAGAAAGAACCAUUCAAUCCUCGGAACGUUCUUUGAAAACUUUGUUGGACACGGAACACAUUGGCAUUGCUACUGCUGAGGAACUGAUAAAACAGCGAGAGCAACUGGAACGAACCGAUCGACGUCUCGACGACAUAAACAGCACGCUGCGCUUCAGCCAAAAACACAUUCAAGGUAUAAAGAGUGUCUUUGGCGGUCUAAAAAAUUACUUCAGUGGCAGCAAGUCGAUGGAAUUACCUAAUGGCUCGAGCGCUUCCGGGUUGAGGAGUCCGACGUCCCCGCUGUCUCCGACCUCGGAAAGUAUAUUGGCUGAAAGAUUAAACAGUUCUGCCCAAAGUACGAGACGCAGCUCUGAACAUCCUUAUCUGCGUGUACGUGGCCUAACAGAAGAAGAGGAGAUGGAUAACUUCCAACAAACUCACUUGAGAAAUGCGGCUGCUGUGCUGGAACAGAAUUUAGACGAAAUGAGCGGCUCGAUCGCUACUUUGAAGAAUCUGGCUAUUGGCUUGUCAGAGGAGAUUAAUACACAAAACGAUCUGAUCGACAAUAUCACCGACAAAGCUGAGAGAGCCGAUAUCACUAUCCAGAGGCAGAACAAAGACAUAAGAAACUUGUUGAAAAAGUAAUCGUAAUCCCACAUAUCCGGCAGUGUUGAUUGAAAACUCGUUUUAUUUUUCUCACAAGAGAAAUGUAUCAACGUUGUGGCAUGAGUUAUCAGUUACGUGCUUGUGUUGGACAGUUUUAAUCUGUAAGGAAUUAGGUAACGUGAAAUAUACUUUUUAGUUUUUAACGAGUUAACCGGAGGUAUGGUUUUAAAAACAAUUAAACUCUUUGAUCAAAAAUAUUUAAUAAUAUACAAUUAUAAGAAGUAAUUGUUUCUCACACGAUUCUAGUUAAAUUAUUAAAAAUGUGUAAAUAAAA